AGCCGUCCAACAUUUUCUUCUCCUUGGAGGGCAAAGUGAAGGUGGGUGACUUCGGCCUGGUCACCACCAUCUUGGAGGAGGAGGAGCAGCAGGCCGCCUACACGCCUGCCACACACCUGCAGAGGUUCCCCGCUGAGCGCACGCAUACUCAUCGUGUUGGAACUCGCCUCUACAUGAGUCCAGAGCAGGUGAGUGGGCAGGUGUACGACUACAAGGUGGACAUCUACUCACUGGGCCUGGUGUUCUUUGAGAUGCUGGUGCCCUUUGGGACGGGCAUGGAGCGCCUGGCCGUCAUGACGCGGCUCAGGGAGGAGCUGCUCUUCCCUCCAAAGUUUGAGGACAACUUCCCUGAUGAGAGCUCCCUCCUCAAGCUGAUGCUGUCCCGGGACCCAGCGUGCCGCCCCACCACACGCGGCCUGAGAGCCCGGCGGCCGCUGCGUCCCCUGCAGGGCCGCAGCGUGGAGGACAUCUUGCCAGAGGACCACUUCCGCCUGUCCCGCCAACGCUUCCACUUCACCGCCUCCUCCUCUUCCACUACAUCACUCUCCACCUCCUCCACCACCUCCACUUGAUGAAGUAUUCCUCCAUGAGUUGUGUCAUGAGUUGUAAUUACAGCAAAAUCCCUCUCAUCCGGCAUUUGAGUAUCUGGCAGCUUCAAGUAUCCGGCACAUUUUUCCCCGAGCCUUAAAAUCAAUAAAAAAUCAAUGUGUACUCAUAAAAUCGAUUAAAAUUCACACACGAGGCAUACUUUGUCCCCUCGCCACCGGAGCACACUGCUUUGCGCCACCCGCGGCCCACUGCACUGUGUUUACUCAGUGACUCAGUCCCGCAUGUGCACUGUUUAUCGCCUGAUGUCUUCAUCAUGCCUAAAGUUGUAGAAAAGAGGAAGCGUGUUGUGCUUACACUUAAGCAGCUGAUCUUUGUUAUGGUAAGAUGGGUGAGUGUAGGCUGGUGAUUGUGGACAUAACUUCACUUCUAUUCAAGUAUCCGGCAUGUCGGCAGUCCCAUUGAUGCCGGAUAAGAGGGAUUUUACUGUAUCAUUCUUUUUUAUCCUUCAUUUAUCUCUGCCUCUUCCUCCUCCUCCUGCUCCUCCUCUUCCUCUUCCUCCACUUGAUUGAACGUUCCUCUUUCGUCUGUCUGUGUGUGUGUGUGUGUGUGUGUGUGUGUGUGUGUGUGUUUUUAAUUAGUAGUAUUAUGAGUGUAAAUAAUGUUAAGGUGAUGUGUCUUUGGGGGGAGAGGCAGGGGAAUGUAUUGUGAAGUAAUGAGUGAUGCUAUUCCAGAUACAGCUGUGAUAUUAAUGGGUUCCGGACACACACACACACACACGCAUACCUAGGUAACUACAACUAGGUAAAUAAACACACACACACACACACACACACACACACACACACACACACACACACACACACACACACACACAUACACUAGGGAUGGGCCAGCAUUUCUACAUUAAUUUCACUCAUAAACAAUUUUAAAUAACCUGAGACAUCUAAUAUAAACAACGGCAGUAACGUAACUUACAUUGUAAUUCAUUAUCUACAUUUACACUUCUAAGAUAACUUCCUCCCUACAAAAAUCUAACAUGACAACUUCUCAUGUGAAUUAUAUUGUAGGUUUAAAUCUUGUAGGGUGAAUAUUUUUAAAAGUUUACCAAAUGGGGCAUUGAAAAGUUGCAGUACAUUAGAGGCACCUAUGUUGUUGAUGUCACAAGGGGUUCAUAGCUAGUCUUGGCAAUACUGAUACAAUCCUUCCAUGCUUUUAAGGGUCUUGUAUGGUCUUAUUGUUUUUGUUUAAGCAGCUCUGUAUGUAAAUAGGUAGAUUUGGUAUUGUUAUUUAUUUAUUAUUGAUUUGUUUAUUUAUUUAUUUUAUUUAUGUGUUUUUUAUUUGAAAGUAGCCAUAUUCAUAAGGUUUUUAUGGUUCUGUUUAUUAUUAUUUGGGCUGUCCUGUGUUUGUGAUUGCUGGACUGAUAUAUAAAUGGGUAGUUUUAUUAUUAUUAUUUUAUUUAUUUAUUUUUUUAUUAUUUUUGAUAUUUUUAUUAUUUUCUUGUUUAUUUUUGUCUUAUUUAUUUAGCCUGCCUGGCAUACAGUUAGAUUUAUUGUUAUUUUCUUGUUUAUUUGUUUAUAUUGUUUUAUUUUAUUUACUGUUUGUUUAGUUAAUGAUUUAGUGUUAUUGGUAUUUUUUGUGUUUAUUCGUGUAUUCGCUUUCAUUUACAGCUAUAUAUUUAUUUAUUUUUAUUUAUUUAUUUUUUUUUUUUGGUUUAGAGUCUGGCCAACAGGGAAAAACUAACAACAAUUAACCCAAAAUUACAAUUACUAUUUGUAUAUCAUUACUUUUCAUAUUAAGGAGACUGGCCAAGGCAGAAAAAAAAGUUCCUGAGGUGUCUAAUACUCCUCUUUUGAGAUAGAAACACUGACAGGCAGAGUCCCAGAGUGCACCAGUGAAGGGGUGAAACAAUGACAAUACUGCCUGGCUCUUGCACUAGUGAGGUGGACAGAAUAGGGAUGAGAAUAAAGAGAAAUUGUCAUAGGAAAUACAAACUGGCAGAUUUUAGAGUGUAACAGUGAAGGGGUUGAAAAAGUGGAGGUACUGUUUAGCUCUUGCACUAGUGGGGUGGACAGAAUAGGAGAGGAUUCUUAAAAGUUUGGCAUUGUUAGCUUGAAAGAUUAUACUUGAAAGAUUAUUACAUGUUGAAAGGACAGAAUAGGGAUGAAAAUAUAUAGAAAGUCUUGUGAAGAUACUGGUUAACUCUUGUACUAGUGAGGUAGACAGAAUAGGAGGGCAUUCUAAGAAGUUUGGCAGUGUUAGUUUGAAAGCCGAUACUUAAAAAGACUUAUUACAUAUUUAAAGGACAGAAUAGGGGUGAAAAUAAAUGAGAAUAAGUAGAAAGUCUUGUUAUCAGGGGGACAUGAGAAAACUUUUGGCAGUGUUACUUUAAAAGUCAAUACUUAAAAAGAUUACUACAUAUUUAAAGUAACCGGUGAUACUUAAAAAGAUUACUACUCAUUUAAAGAACAGAAUAGGGAUGUGAAUAAGUGAAAAUAAGCAGAAAAGUUUGGCAGUUUAAGUUUUAAAGAAGCAUUAACGCUUAAAACAAAACGACAGAACAGUGAAGAUAAGUGAGAAGCCUUUUAAUAAGAAGAGAUUCUAUAAAAUUUACCAGUAUUAGUUUAAGAGGUCAUAAAAGAUGACUAUAUACUAAAAGACAACAUUAGACCUACAUCCAUCACACAAUGGCAAAACAGGUACAAACAACACGAGAUCUUUAGGUCCCAAUGAGAGUGUUUGUAUUUGUGGUGGUAACACUGCACGCCAAAGACACCUCAUAUGUUUGUUUGCUGCCGAACACUGAAGGUUGACUUAGACGUGUGGAAUCAAACAGCUGUGUGCGUUGUGAGUAGUUGUGAAUACGUUACUUAUGCCUAAAAAAGUGUGCUAAAAAUAUCUGUGACAUUUAGGUGAGUUAGAGAGGAGGUGAAGAGACAGAAAGAGGUGAGAUGAAGCGAGAUGAGUUUGUUACCGACUUUUUUCACCUCACAUCACCUCUGUCUCUCUCCUGAACCUCUAAAAAAAUAUGUAUAAUGCAUUUAGACAAGUUAGGAAGGAGGUUAAGAGAGAGAGGUGAGAUGAAGUGAGAAUAUUCCUAUGUAUUUUCUCUCAUAACACCUCAUAUCACCUUUUGUCUCCCCUGAACCUCUAAAAAUAUCAACAAUGAGACAUUUAGACAAGUUAGGGAGGUUAAGAGAGAGAGACGUGAGAUGAAGUGAGAUUAUUCCUGUCUCUCUCCCAGCUUAAACUUUUAAAAAUAUUUAUAAUGAGAAAUGUAGACAAGUUAGAGAGGUUUAGAGAGAUAGAGGUGAGAUGAAGUGAGAUUAUUGUUUUGUUUCUUGCCUAACACCUUUCUCUCUCUCCUUCUCUUGGCCUCUGCCUCCUCAAAAAGAGCCUAUAUUAAUGAACUGGUGAUGGUACGUGCCUAUAAUAGCUUGUAACAACAUUUCAUCAUAAAAUCUGCCAAUCAAUGCUGGUUGAAUUAUAAUCAUUGUCAUUCCUCAUGCUAAGCUUAGUAUUAUUAUUAUUAUUAUCAUGUCAUGCAUUACUCUUUUCAUUUGUUUCCUGCACUGUCAUUUGUGCAGGAAAUAUCAUGAUGUUUUGGUUGCAAGAGUCCAUGUAUAUAUAGAUUGAGCCAUCGUAUUCAUGUUUUUCAUUGUGUAGUGUUGUAAAUAUACUUUAUCUGUAAAUAAAAAAUGUAUCAUAUGA